UUGCAGUGCAAAGCUUUGACUUAUGUAUCCCCUUGAACCAAUUGCAACCCAUAUCUACCAUGAUAGGAAACUUUUGUCCGAACGAUGAAACAUUCUGCAUUGUUCUAUCUAUUGCAAUCAUUUCCAGGUUUAUGGCUACCGGGAGCUGCCAUCGCCAUCAUGAUGAAGUUCCCAUAAUCUUCCUACGGGGGAAACAGUCUUGUUCUCUUACCUAUUUAUACUUAACGUCUUCAGGGCAGUUGGCGCGACACCUUACACCCAUCUCCCCCUCAUUAUCAGUUGUAACCAAUGGAUCCCCCAAAAUCUUCAACAACAAUUCGGAUAACCACGCCCUUAGGUCAUGCGAGCCAAUUUGCGAAUUCGCCCAUGACCGUUAUCGAGCUAAAGGGCCGGAAAAAUCACGAAAAGGGAGAACACUAUCUACAAUUAUCGCUGACAGCCCUGCGAGAGCUGGCCAACUUAUUAGAAAAUGAUCGCCUCUCAGCAGCUGAUCAAGCUACCUACAAUCGAGCUUACACUGUUGGCCAGCGUCAAUAUGACGAAGCGAGAAACAUCAGAGACCAACUUUUGACACAGAAGAAAACCUUUCGCAAAUUCAUUGUUAACCUUUUCUACCGCCGCGGCGAGUCGGAUGCCCACCGGUUCUAUAAAGUCUCAUAUGAGGCUUAUUCAAGCAUCAGAAGAACUUCAGAAGACCUGGCUAGACGAUUGCUGCCGAAUAAGAGUGAUAUCCUUACAUCGGGAAGCCCCGGGGAGUCCGCACAAGGCGACAUCUCUGUUUGCGAAGAGAGUCCGUGUGAAGUGGUAGAAGGGAGUUUUUCAGUCAAUGAUCUUCCUCCGGACGAAACCAUCCGAGGCAUAAACGUAGAGGUACAUGGUGAACAAGAAGAGCAAGAGGCCUUUGAGACGUUUAAUCGAAUAGCGAAAUCUCAACAAGCAGAUGAAGAAGAUGAUGAUGAUGAUGACCAAACCAUCAAACCCCGGCCCUCACAAAGCAGACCGUCGUCUCCUAGCUCCAUCUGCACGAUCAUCUGGAAUAAUUACCAUAUCACUCAAAGUGUGGUGUCCUUUGAUUCAGAAACGUCAGGAUCAACAUUGAACGUCGGGGUGGAUAAAGCGGCCGGCUCUUCAUCUGAUUGGCAACCUGAUACCAAUCAGCCACUGUUUCAAUGAAAUUUAUUUACAGGAUGUAGCGUGUUCUAUAUGUAGUCGGCAGUGCCAUGUCAGUAAUUCAUCAUUGAUCGGGUUUGUGGGUCUCUGGAUGCGCUUGCAGGGCCGGAAAGCCGUGACGGUAGUGAUGAA